CAACUAUUUCGCUUCCUAGACUGUAGGAGAAACUCAACGAUGAUAGUAAACAACGUAGGAAGCCAUAAAAGAAAAGGGUGUACACCACCAAAAGCAACGGGCGACGACAUAAUUUUCGUGGCGCGAGAAUAUUAGUUUGAAUGUUUUAAAGUAAGGGUGACGUCAGAUGUAAACCAACAUGUGAGCCCACCAGGUGCUACUUUCAAAGCUGCUGAAGAAGAUGUUUCGUCUAGUCGACUACCGACGUUGUAUUUUUGCCCUCGCAUUCCUGACAACAUGCGCUGUGAUUUUGGUAUUCCUUUCCAAAGGCAAAAAGAAUCUAGCAGAAUUACUGCCAUCAUCUGAGACGGUCGAUCCGGUCGAACGGCCACUUAGCAAACGAAAAGAACCCAUGGAGAUUUUCUUUAUCGAAAGCUCGGGCCAUUCUUGUCUAACAGCCCGUCAAGCAUGUGGCAUCGAAUCGGCUGCCAGAGCGAAUCCACACGCAAAAAUCACCUUGUACGUGCAAAACACUCCUGUAAUUCCGAUUUGGCCGGACACUUACGAAGAUGGACAAGAGGUAUCCGAUUGUCCCAUCACGCGCGUUCUACUCGAGAAAAUGGUCAAUGUUCGUGUGAGGCAAGAAAAUUUACUACCAUAUUUGCAAGACACGCCACUGUGGCAACUGUACACGACGGGAGCGUUCAAUAAAUCGACCUGGAGGCCGUUUCAUCUGAGUGAUGCAGUUCGAGUCGCAUUGCUAUGGAAAAAAGGCGGCCUCUAUCUCGACUUGGAUUGCAUCGUCUUACGCUCACUGGACAGUUUAAACAACACUGUUGGCACGGUGGAUUAUUCCAUACCCAACUGGGUUGAAAAUGGUGUCAUGGCUUUUCCUUCCGGUCAUCCAUUUCUUCAUUUCCUAAUGAAGUAUAUGGUAUUAGCCUUUGAACCGGACAGAUACAUGAGCCUCGGUCCUGAAACUCUCACAGAGGCCCUUCGCUAUUUCUGCGAUCGUGAUGACAAUUUGUUAAUCGAUCAUUGGAUGGUCUGUUGGCAUCGUUCUUCAAUAUUCAUCCAACAGUCACGUUCUUUUUACGCCAUACCCGGUGAACGACUGAACGCCUUUUAUCAACCGGAAUUGGAUCCAGCCGAUUGGGACAUGUUACAUCGGAGUAGCUUCCUGUCACACAUUUACGGAUCUGGCCAUGGCCGUCACGUUCCUCCCGGCUCAUUGUAUGCCCAACUAGCUGUCAAAUAUUGCCCCACAAGCUUUAAAUUGGCAACAGAAACGAGCAGCCAAUUUUGAGUUUUGGUUUAUGAUUUGAUCUAGAACAACUGGCAAUGUCCUCAUCAAUGUAGUGUCCUUUUCUGGUUAACAAGCACAACAGAGGCCGUCAUGGCUAAGCUAACGGAAUUUUGUUUCCAUCAUCCAUAAUCAUUUACUGAGUUUGAACUUCAUUUUUUUAUCGAAAUGUGUGCCAUGUAUAUGUUCGAAUUCGUUUUGCCUUUGAGCCAUGUCAAUUAUAAGCAGCUGUAUGGAGACGAUCUUUAC